AUGGUUGAUCAUAAACAACAAGAAGAUACCGGGUUCUCAUUAUUCUCGCAGCCGCAUCCUUUGGUACCGUUAGCGACCUUCUUGGUUGGACAAGAAAGGCUAGAUGAACAGGAUGAUGUUAGUGAGGAGUUCACUGUGAAAGAGCAUCUAGGGCAUGGUGACAUUGCUAAGGAUAACGGUCCUCCUAUCUUUGGUCUACCAGACUUUGCGGGUCAGCUGAGAGAUGUCACUAACCUGGUAGCGAUGGCGACAGCUACAGAAGGGUGCCAUACGCCAUUAGCUGUCCAUAGAAUAGGAUCAUGUCUAGUGCUGGACUCCUCUCCUGGACCAGUAGAGACACCAAAUAGUGACAGCUUCGUCACGCUGUGCCCAGCUGAGCAGUGUUCGCCUAGGAUCUCUCCAGUACUGCCUACUCCAUUUAAUGAUGGUGGUACUCCAGAGGAGCUCGGUCUCAAGGCUACAGUCAAGCGGACUUUCCUCCACUUCACCGAUGAUGAAGAGGAGGAGGAGAAAACAAUCAAACUAUAG